AUGUUCGCAUCCCCCCUCCCCUUCCCUCUCCCCCUCCCCGACAACUCGCAAGGCUACGACCCAGACAACUACGACCAACAAGCCCAAAUCGACGGGCAAGGACAGCAGCCGCAAUCCGUCGAGAAUCCCAACACCCAGACGGCCCAAAGCCCCUGGGAUGACCCCUCCUCAGGCCCAAACCCCUUCGCUGAUGCGGCCGCGAACCCCGAACCAGCGGCGAACGGGGGCGUUCCGAAGCUGACGCCCGAGCAGGCCGGGGAUCUGGAUGCCAGCGGUCUGACGCAGGAGCAGGCGGAGAGUUUGCUUGCGGAUGGGGGCGAUUUAUCUGCUUAUCUGAACGGAGGCAUGGCCGCCGCUGCGGGGGCAGGGGAAGCUGCAGCUAACGCUGGCACGGCUGCUGCUGCGGGGGAGCGGCAGCGGCGACAGGGUGGACUGCUGAGGCGCUGGAGGCGGCGGAGGUGGUGGGGGCGGCGCUUGUCGCGAGGAGGUCCUUUGGGGGAUGAAGGGAGAGGCAUAGCUUACAUGGACUCUGGGGAGGAAGCUGUUGUUGAUGCUGGCGAAGUUUGGAGGGUUUGA